AUUGUUACGUUGGACAACCUGUCGGGAAUCAAUCGAUGUUGUGGUGGCAAGUUUUGAAUUGUGAUUUGUGUGUUUGUGUUUUAACUUUGUAGUGGUUCACGAAAGUGAAUGAUUUUGAUUUGAGAUAUGAAACGGACCGUACACAUUGAAAUAAACCAACGCUUGGAGAGUAAUGCACCAAGAGAUGUGGUAAUAGAAUUUGUUUCUAAGUUUGCAAAAACUUGCAAACUGAUACAGGGAUCCAUUAUAAACAGUUUUGAUGAUCCUUUCCUUUGUGAACAUGUACAGGCAGUAAAAAUAUGUGAAAUAAAUGAUGAAGCCCCACAGUGUCUAGAAGCAAGUGAUGUUGACCUCUGUUACCAUGUCUAUACUCUUGAUCCAUAUGGCUCUCAGCUGGAAACCAUGGAUGGUGAGGGAGAUAAAGAAGUGCCGUUUGCCCUUCAUUGUAUUCUUCCUACAACUGAAUUUGCAGGAUUAUGGGAAAGCCUUGUUUAUGAUUCUGCAAUCAAAGAAAAUUUACUGAAUUUUGUGGAAACAACUUUACUGUUCUCUGACAGUGGAGUAGAUAUGAACAUAAUUAAGUGGAAUCGUGUAGUUUUACUACAUGGCCCUCCUGGUACAGGAAAAACUUCAUUGUGUAAAGCUCUUGCACAAAAGUUGGCCAUUCGACUGGGGCAUCGAUAUACGCAUGGAGAAUUUAUUGAAAUCAACAGCCACAGCUUAUUUUCUAAGUGGUUUUCAGAGAGUGGUAAACUGGUGACCAAGAUGUUCUCCAAGAUUCAAGAAUAUAUUGAAAAUCCUAAUGCCCUUGUUUGUGUGUUGAUUGAUGAGGUGGAAAGCUUAACACAUGCUAGGAAAUCUGCUCUGGCGGGUACUGAGCCUUCUGACUCAAUUAGAGUAGUCAAUGCUGUUCUGACACAGAUUGAUCAGAUACAAAGGUAUCGCAAUGUAUUAGUUUUAGCAACAUCCAAUGUGACUGGGGCAAUAGACACAGCGUUUGUGGACCGUGCUGACAUAAAACAGUACAUUGGGCCGCCUUCACCAUUUGCAAUAUAUAAAAUAUUUUUAUCUUGUAUUGAAGAACUUCAAAGGACUGGCAUCAUUACGUCCAAUGACAGCCUUAUGAACCUGAAGUUGCUUCAGUUGUCCUCAUCAGAAUCUACAGAAGGCACAAAAAAUAAUCUCACUAAAAACAGUUUGUUCCUGCUUAACAUAGCCAGGAAAAGUGAAGGUCUAAGUGGAAGAUCACUUAGAAAAAUUCCAUUUUUAGCACAUUCGUAUUAUAUUCAGAAACAAACAACGUCAUUGGAAGAAUUCCUUGAAGCAAUGGAAAAAACUGUAUUGAAACAGUUACAGGACCAAAAGUUUUCCUUUGGAGGAGUACCACAUAAAAAUAAUGAUUGCAACUGUGUUGGAUGAUGAAACCACACCGUUUCCCUUUUUUAGGUACUUAUGCACCAUUUCUUGGUAGCUAACAUGUGAAAUGUAAACUUGCAGUAAAAUAAGAUUUUUACUGUCUGCAGCAUUCACAUAUGAGCUGCAAAUGGUGCAGUGUGUGUUAAAUUGUGACAAAGUGUAAUAUUUUUGUAUGUAAGAUCUAAAUAUUGUACAUCUAGUGAAGUCUGUUGUAUAAGUAAAUUAAAGAGACAAACAUUUUUUCUAAAAAAGGGAUAGAAUUUUACUGGAGACCAUUAGAUAAGAUUUAGAAUUUUGAUGUCUUCCAUUAGAAAUUGGUAAAUUGCUUGAAUGAGAACUACUGAAAAAUACAGGGUUGUGAAAUGUGAAUAUGUAAUGUCUUUGAGAUUGCUAGAGAACUGUGCUAACUGUUUAAUUGAGGCUACUAUAAUUUUUAACUUUGCUUCUUCAUGCAGUGGGCUCUAAAUAUUUCUCAGUUAGAUGUUACAUGCUAAUGUCAUUUAAAUAUGGGGAUGAGCUGCUUCUGCACAAAAUUCUUGUCAAACUUCACACUAAUGCAUAUCUCCCUUCCCUUCCCUUCUCUGAUCUUUGACUGUGUAUCUAUCUAUCUAUCUAUCUAUCUGCUUAUCUCCAACUCUGCUUAUUUAAGUUAUAUGUACUCCAUCCAACUUGUCUACCUGUGCAGGAGACACAGUAAACUCUCGCCUGGUUAUGUACAAUAAAACUUGCUAGAAAGGAAUUGCGUGGGACUAAAAUAAUUUUCCAAAUUGGGUAAGUUGCCAGAAUACACAAAACUCACUAGGCUAUAUAAAAUUUGGCACAGAUCAUGGACAAAAGCAUAAAUUUGUAAUUGCACGCACAUUUACUUAACUUCACUCCUGCACAGUAGAUGUUUAUUCACUGUGUAUUGUAGAAUAAAACACUAGACUCGUACAUUGGUUGAUAAAUUGUAUGGGAUUUCUGUGUUUUUAUUCAUUGUUGUACAUACAU